AUGCGACUACGCCGGCGCCCUACACCUACAGAACUCGUCCAGCAGACGUCCGACGAUGGCCUCCGGCAGCCCCAGCAGUCAGAGGUCCCGCUGAAGGCUCAAGGUCUACUUGGGACGAAAGCCCGUCGAAACCCGGUCGCUCCUCGAAUCGAGACACCAGAGCCGCUCAGAGAGCUCCUACGUGCAGAUCAAAAGAGCCUGGCAACCUUUCCAGAUGCAAAUGGGAGUUUAGGAGAUAUCACGCCGAACGGGGGACAUGUCAUGUCUGGACCCGCGAGACAACGCUCUCACCUGUCCGGCAAUGAUGCGCGAACGACGUCGAACUCUGGCGGGCAAUAUGCACAUCCGCGAACCAGUGGACAAUCUGUUCGGCCAAACCAGUUCUACACCGAGCAAAAGCCUUCCGUCGAGUCUAUAAACCAGAAGUAUUACGAAUCUGCCAGACAGCCUCCUCAGGCAUUCCAGCAGACUUUCGCCCCUGCAGUGAGAGACACGGCGCCCGGCAAAGGCUCACCGAAUGUGCAAGAUGGAGCUGGCAGUCCCUCUCGUGCUACCCGGCCCUUGAAGUCCGCGAUGAAGCAGCCGAAGUCUCCGAAGGAAUCGGAUGGUCCGAAAAGGUCCAAGAAGCUGGAUGUCAUGUCUCUGUUCCCACAGCCGAAACCAGCCAAUGGACCCCUACCCAUGCUGUCACCUGCAAAAUAUUCUCAGUCGCCAUCGGCGGUGACCGACAACACAGAUUACUUCCCGCAGGACACUGUCUAUGCUCAGGUCCGCCGUCAAGGCCCCAACGGACGAUUCGAAACUUACACUGAUGCCACGCCCUCACCAUCGGGGCCUGUCAACGCCAGGGACCUUCCUAGAGUGAAGAUCUUUGAUCCGGACCUUUACGACGAGCAGAAAAUCCACAAGCGAAAACCGCCCAGAGGCAUUCAAAACUGGUUUGACGGCUUCUACAUUUCUUCGGAUGAUGAGGACCAGGAUGUAAAGGAUGUCAAGAUCAACAGAGAUCCAGUGGAGCUACCCGCCGAGCCCCCAUUGCCCUCUCCCUCAGUACUGCCACCCAGCUCUCAUUGUCGCCGAACAAAGGACGCUUCUCGUCCACCGCAGCAUCAUGCAGGCUAUAGAUCGCGAGAGAGCCUACGUCCAACCUUGCACAUUCAACCAGCGCCAGAACGAAGAGAGCACACAACGAUCGAUGAGGUGACGGCUCCAAAUAGCGCUGCACUAUCUCCACUAUUUCCAGAUGGUCAAGGUCGACUUGGUGAUCAGAGGCUCGCGCAUUCGCAGUUGGAGACCGAGAGUGUGCUGGCGCUGUCGUCCGAAGAAGAAGAAGACGAAGACGAAGACGAACGCAGCAGCCAGCAGUCUUCGGUGCGUGACGAGCGGCACGUCGGCAAAGCCUCUACAACGAUGCUAAAGCGACCUUCCAUUCCGCCGCGAAAAGUCCACAGUAAAACAAGUCUGAAUCAGGAAGUCCUGCGGAAGAGUACCAGCACUGCACAGACAACAGGAUCAAUUCCGAUUAGACUGACUGACAGCAUCGAAGUUCCGCCAGUUCCAACUCCUCGUAAGGUGCAGAGCCCACGCGAGUCCAAUGCACCAAUAUCGCCGCAUUUGAUAGACUUGGCAAGCCAACAUACAAGAAGUCUGCCGGCUUCUCGGGGAGGGCCGGACAGGGACGAGAUGCGAAGCGCGGCUGGCGAAACGACGGUAACUACGAGCAGUGUACCCACUGAUGCAUCGCACUUCAUGGCAGUCACUGACGAAGAAAUGAUGCUGCUGGAGUUGAUGCGACAGAAACGAGCUAUGAUGCAGAAGAACAGCUUUGCAGAAGGCUAUCGUCUGGCGCUGAAGCAGGAGGAGGAGCACCUGGCAAAGAAGAGAUCUUCUGCUCAUUUGAAAGCGCUGAAGAUGCUGAAGCUGCGGGAGGAAGGGAAGCUACAGCCGUCGAGCAGUCGUGCUGAGAGCCGUGCUGAGAGCAUGUUCAGCGACGAUUCGAGAGACCAGCGCAAGAAAUAUUCGAUGAUCAGAAAAGGCUCCGUGGAUAGACACUUCCGCCUUGGGCGAUUCCUAGCUGGAGAAGGAGCUGCUGAGGGUAGCCGCGAAGCGACCCCGCCUGCGAGUCUGGCCAGGCUCGAACGAUUCCUUGUGAUGAAGCCCAGCCUCCUCGAUGCAAUCCAAGACAGCCGACCUGUUUCAGGCACUGAGAUUGAGGCUGAGUCUUUGACUGAGCAUGACGACGACACGUUUGGCGAGACCAUAAAUGAGGACGACAUCGUGGAUGAGAAUGGAGUGGUGAUACAGCACGGCGCGCCCUCGCCCAUGCAGCGACUACGAGAGAUGGCCCGCGGGUCGCCACCAUUGUCUGUGUCGCCGCUUGCUGAGGAGGCCUCGCAAGUGGAGACUCCCAAUGACAUCCUCAGCGAUGCCUCCGCGUCCCGGAUAUCGGUGCCCAGUGCCGAUGAGUUCCCCACACCACCACGGAUUGGAGUCUUGGACGACCAAUCGCCGCGAUCGUUCAGCUUGUUGUCACCGCCCAUCAGCGAAGACGAGCCGUUGCUGCCGGACAUACCAGCUCGCAGCCCGAACCGUACGCCACUCCAGGUGGAUGCCCUAAGAACUAGACCUCCGCGCACACCACGGCAGAUGUCUGAUCGCAGUAUUUCGACAAAACAGACACCCGAAAGUACACGAUUCUCCCACCGUGCUGCUUCGAAGCACUCCGAGCAGGACUACUCAUCUCCGGGUGUUGACUACAUGUCACUGGAGCUUCCCCCGGCGGUCAAGACGGGCUCGCCCUCUCUGUCUACCAGUCGCGCGUCGCCAUUGACGCCGACUUUUACUCCUAUGCCAACAGUCGACAAGCCUGCGAUGACUGCGUCGGCAAGUGAUGGAUCCAGCUUCCGCGACGAUCUUAUUGAUAUGUCAACGCCCGAACCUCCGAGCCGUAGGCCGGCUGCACGACCCGUUGCGGAAAGGAAGACCAGCAAGAGGCAGCCGCCGAAGAUCAAAACUAGUGACGGGAAGAGUCUUGCUCGCAUCACGAGUAUGUCAAGUAUCACGAGUGCAGGGGAGGAUGUUCUGGCUGCGUGGGCUGAGCUGGGUGGGAGGAAGGGGUGGUGA